AUGGAGGAUGAGGAAGAAGAAACCAACAAUGCUCAACCUGCAAGGAGGGCGUUGGCCUCUUACAUUAUCCCCAAUGCAAGAAACUGUGGGAGUAGCAUACUCACUCCCAACAUUCAUGCAAAUAACUUUGAGUUGAAGCCUCAACUUAUUACUCUGGUGCAGAACAAUUGCUCCUUUGGAGGAGGUCCACUUGAAGAUCCAAACCAACACUUAUCCAUCUUCCUCAAGAUUUGUGAAACUGUCAAAACAAGUGGUGUGCAUCCAGACAUCUACAAGCUGCUGCUGUUUCUAUUCUCUCUGAGGGAUAAGGCUUCUCAAUGGUUAGAGACAUUUCCCAAAGAAAGCAUCAAUAGUUGGGAAGAAUUAGUGAGUAAAUUCCUAGCCAAAUUCUACCCACCUCAGAGGAUCAUUAGAUUGAAGACAGAAGUGCAAACAUUCACUCAAAUGGAUGGAAAAUUACUUUAUGAGGCUUGGGAGAGAUACAAGGCCUUGAUCAGAAAGUGUCUACCUGAGAUGUUUAGCGAAUGGGACAGACUUCAGAACUUCUAUGAGGGCUUGACUAUGAAAGCCCAAGAGGCCCUUGAUUAUUCGGCAGGAGGUUCAUUACAACUAAUGAAGACAGCUGAAGAAGCCCAACAUCUCAUAGACACUAUGACCAACAAUCAAUACUUUUAUGCUCAUCAAAGGCAACGCCAACCAGCUCCCAAGAGAGGUGUCUUGGAGCUUGAAGGUGUUGACACUAUCUUGGCACAAAAUAAACAGAUACAUCAACAACUUCAGCAACAAAUGGAAAUGACGGCCAAGAAAAUUGAUGGACUGCAAAUUGCUGCAGUAAAUACACAAAGCCAAUCUCAAACCUCACAUGGAUGGAAGCAAUAUGAAGAAGGUUUUGGGACAUUCAAUUAUGAGCAACAAGGCCCUGAGCAGGUGCAAUACAUGAAUAAGACCUCAAGUUCAUUCCAACACGACUUCCAUGGUGAUGCACACAAUCCAUCCUGGAGGACUCAUUCUAACUUUAGGUGGGGUGAGCAUUAG